CCACAAGGAGGUGCUCAAACCGAGGUCGAAUAAAAUAAGUGUGGAGUUUAGAUCCUCUCACAGAGUGGUGAACGAAUGGAACUCCUUACCUGAUUCAGUAGUAACAGCUCCAUCGGUGAACGCUUUCAAAGAGAAUCCGGUUCUCUGCAGAGAUAUAUAUCACGAGGAUUAACAUAGGCAACAAGAGCCCUCUAUCAUUAUAAUCUGAAUCUUUCCUCCAAGGACACUGUUCAAGGUCGCGACCCAGCCACAUACUUUUAAAAUUCGACGUGAUGUCAGAAGCUACUCCGCAGGACGAUGAUAGAAAGUCUAAGAAAGCAUUACGAAAACUUCAGAGGGAAACAGAAAAACUCAAGAUUCAUGAAACGGGAGAUGAUCAGAAAAUACCUGUGCUAUCCACAUUGACAAGUAAUGGAGUACUUGAAACCACUGAGGCAUAUGGUCUUCUCCCACUUCAUCAAUCUCAGUUCACACAAGGACCAAAGUACACUGAAUUGAGAGACUUAUCUAAAGAAUCUCUUGUCGAUCAACACGUUUGGGUUCGUGGACGUCUCCACAGAAGCAGAAUGAAAGGCAAACUAUGUUUCUUCAUUCUAAGACUCCAAGACUACAGGGUGCAAAAUGUACUUUCAGUUGGUGAAAAAACUCCGAAAGAGAUGUUGGCAUUCGUCUCCAGCAUUUCUAAAGAAUCAGUGAUUGAUGUUUAUGGAAAAGUUGUAAAAAGCCCAGUUCUUAUUGAAGGUUGCAAUCCAGGCACUAUUGAAAUUCAUUGCGAAAAGGUUUUUGUUGUGAGUUCUGCACUUGCAACGUUACCUCUGCAAAUCGAAGAUGCCAUGAGACCAGAAGAUGAUGAAACGACAUUAAGUCGAGUCAAUCAAGACACUCGUUUGGAUAACAGGUGCAUCGAUCUGCGUACUCCAGUCAAUCAAGCUAUUUAUCGAGUUGAAGCUGGUGUGGUACGCUUCUUCAUGGAGUAUCUUACAAAAGCUGGUUUUGUAAAUAUACAUACUCCCAAGAUGAUUUCAGCAGCUUCUGAAGGAGGUGCCAAUGUAUUCAAGGUGUCGUACUUUUCCGGAAGUGCCUAUCUCGCUCAGUCACCUCAGUUAUAUAAGCAAAUGGCUAUAGCUGCCGACUUUGAAAAAGUAUGUUUAUUUUUAUGGUUAUCAUGUCAAGUUUUAAAGGCAAAGUAG